AUGACCAGGAAGCUACAAAGCCCAAUUCUGGAGGAUGGCAAGAGUAGAACAAGGGUUCUCAAACCAGUGGUGGAAAAGAAGAGAAGAGACAGAAUAAAUCAAAGUCUGGCCGAACUGAGAAGUUUGCUGUUGAGUCACACGUCUGAUCCACGGCUUCAGAAUCCUAAAAUAGAGAAAGCAGAGAUUCUUGACUUGGCUGUGGAAUAUGUUCAGAAGUGGACAGAUGGGAGGAAACUGAGAAAGGACUCUACUGACAGCCACAUGAAGACUCGUGCUCCUGUGGUAAGCCUUCAUCGCUCAGAGUCCAACGCUCCCACUCUCUUCACCAUCGAGAGUGCAGGUUUUCAGCAGUGCGUGGCCCAGCUGACCAGCUACAUGCACAAAAUAACCCCAGCGCAGAGAACAAGCCUCAUGGAGGGGCUGAGACAUCACACAGAGAGCCAGCAGCCAAACAAUACUAGAGUGGCGGACACUGAGAUGACCAAAGGACCAGAUGUAAUGUCUGACGUCAUUUACACAUCUGAGAGGAGAGAGGAGUCUCUUAAGUUUCCAUCUCACUCCCCAUUUCAGCCCCUCUCUUGUUCCACACCGUUCCACGACUACCUGUCCCCUCCUCCCUCCCCCUGGUUCUCCCCUUCUUUCUCCGCUUAUGCCACCUCUCCUCCUUUCCCGUCAUUUGCCUCUCACUUCCCGUUCCCACCCAGCCUGUCACCUCUGUCCUCCAACACCUCCUUCCUCAGUUUCUCACCCACAGCCUCUCACUCUGGCCCCCCUGCCCUCCACUGCCCCCCUCUCCUCACACUGAGAUCCCCUCCACACCCUGCACUGAGGGAGUCACCACCGAACUCUUCUUCGACCAUGUGGAGGCCUUGGUUUUGA